AUGGCCCAGAAAGACCAAGAUGAGAUCCAGGCGGUUGAAAUGCAGGAACAUCCCAACGAGACCGCCAAGGAUGACAUUGGCCCGCUGAUGCGCUCUAAGGAAGACAGCUUUGGCAUCUGGCGCACCGUCCUCCGCCACAAGCGCGUCGGUCUCAUCGCCAUGGCGGCCGCGUUUUGCGCGUCCCUUGACGGAUACCAAAUCAAUCUUAACGGCAACAUUGUUGCUAACAAGGGCUUCAUCCGCCAGAUGGCCAGCCCUGGCACGACCAUCAUUGCCGGAAAAUACGUGUCGGCUUGGGGCGGUAUCCAAUCCACCGGCCAAGCCGUUGGACAGAUACUGCUUCAAUACGUAACGGAAGGCUACGGCCGCAAACUGGCUCUGAUUGUCCUUUGGGUCAUCUUGACUGCAAGCAUCUUUGCUGAAUCAUUCGCCACGCGCUGGGAUCACUGGCUCGUUGCCAAGCUACUGUCCGGUAUGGGUGUAGGCAUGCUGCAAUCCACGAUGCCUCUGUACCUCUCGGAAAUCACCCCGACACAGCUCCGAGGUUUCUACAUCAAUGCUUACUCUUUCUGGUUUGUCAUCGGCCAGCUGUUCGCCUCAGUGUCGCUCAACUCGCUCAACAAGUCGGACCCAUACAACUUCCGUACUCCCAUCUACACACAGUGGGCAAUGAUUGGUGGUAUUGGAAUUGUUUUUGCCCUGCUGCCUGAAUCACCUUGGUGGUUGGUAAGCCAAGGCAAAAUGGACGAAGCACGAAAAAGUCUCGAAUCAUGCAACGGCGACAUUAAAGACUAUGACUGCGACGAGCAGCUGGAGGUCAUGCGUGCCACCGUUGCUGCUGAACACCACCAGGCCGAACUCAGCAAUGAGCUUGGCCAGUGGGCAGUCUUCCAAGGCCGCAACCUGUUACGCUUCAUUAUUGCUGGCUGGCCCAAAAUUGCUCAACAGUUCGUCGGGUUGUCUGUAUUCAACACGUACGCUGCGUACUUUUUCCAAAAAGCCGGAAGCACCGACACGUUUAUGGUAACAAUCAUUUUGUCCUGUGUGCAGCUAAUCUCUAUGCUGGUCACCGCUGUGACGACGGAUCGAUUCGGUCGCCGCCCUCUUACUGUCUACCCAUAUGCUGUGACCGUCGUUUCCGUCCUCUGCCUCGGCAUUGUGGGCUGCUUCAACUACUCCACGAAGCAGCUGAGUUCUCUUUUGAUCUUUUUCGCCUGUCUGGCCACCUUCUCUACUACCGGCGCUUCGGCAAUUGGCUAUGCAUACGCAACUGAAGUCCCACAGCAACGCCUCCGUGCGCGAACGUCUGCUUGGGCGCUGGCAUUCUCUAACAUGAUUUCCAUUAUGUUCAGCUUCUGCACGCCGCUGAUGAUCAAUGGCACUGCCAGUUGGGGUGUCAAGACUGGCUUCUUCUUCGCCGGAACCGGUGCUGUGGCUACCGUUAUUGCCUGGUUUAUUCUUCCUGAAGUGGCUCGUCGGACGCCGGCGGAGAUUGACGAGAUGUUCAAUAAACGAGUACCACUUCGCAAAUUCAAGGGAUAUCUUACAGACGUGCAGAUGCGCGCCGAUCAGAUUCACGAUAAGCAGGAUGCGGUCGCUUGA